AUGUCCUCGAGAACGGUAUCAGUAAUACUAUUUUUACUCGUAUUCAUAUUGAAUGGCUGCAAUUUUAGCAAGCUCGUCAAAAUACACACUCGUCAAAGCGGCGACGAGCAUGUUUACUCCACCGCAAUUCAUUAUAAUCCUUUGAAAGAUUCGAAUGUCACUGUUGAUCCCUAUUGCGAGUGUAGCUCGUCCGGUUUUGGAGUGAUGAGGAUCCCGUAUAACUGUGCCGUAAGCAUAUGUGGCAAGUUAUACGUGGAUUUAUCAUCCGCUUGCGUUAGAUGCAGCAUGUGUACGGUCGUCGCCGAGGAGAUUAAUCAAACUCUGUUGGAGAUUCACAAUAUAAUGGCGCCUGACGACUGGUUGAAUGAUACGGAAGUCGUGUUUGUUCUGAGAACCAUCUGCGAUCACUCUUUUCAACAUUAUAGUUUGCGAGAAAUUGAUGGUCAGCGAUUUAUUUCCGUUCCAUUACCGGGCGAUAAGCUCGUUGCUUCAUCCGCCGAUGGAUUGUGGGAGAAAAAUUUAAAAGAUAUGUGUCAUGAGUAUCUUGAUGAAAUACAAGAGCUGCGAUUAUACAAAAAUUGGAGGAAAUGGUGCGAAGAUGACGAAUAUAUUCUCAAUCUAGAAAAUAUUCUUUGCAGAAAUGAAAUCAGCAGUCUACGAGAUUGUAGAGGUAUAAACAGUAUACACAAGCGACAAGGGCCUAUGAAAAUUGUCAAUGCUCAUGUGAAGAUUCUAGCCAAAUAUAAUAAUCAUAAUUGA